UAUUCCUUCUGGAAGGUAUCGUUUGUGAGUAAACAAGUGGAUCUUAUGGUAGCCCCGCAUAAGUUACCCGAAUUCUACGACAUAAUGGCGCAGAUCCAAGCACCAUACAAAGUUUAUAUUGAGAAUGUUCAGACAUUAAUCAAUCGGACAAUGCCAACAAAUGCAUCAAUGAAAUUUGAUUUUAAAAAUUACUAUGAUCUCGAUACAAUUUACAAGAAUCUAGAUGACUUGGUAGAGCAACAUCCCAAUGUAGUGCAAAGUAUAGAAGGCGGCGAGACAUAUGAGGGACGUAAAAUCAAAGGUGUCAAGAUUUCUUUUAAACCGGACAAUCCUGGAGUCUUUAUUGAAAGUGGCAUUCAUGCUAUGGAAUGGAUCGCACCAGCAACUGCCAUGUACAUCUUGCAUCAAUUGCUGACAAGCACCGACACGGAGGUCAGGACUCUGGCUGAGAGCCAUGAUUGGUAUAUCUUCCCAGUGUUCAAUCCCGAUGGAUACGUGUAUACACACACUACAAAUCGACUUUGGAGAAAGACACGUAAGCCCUACGGUUCCGAUUGUUAUGGCUGUGAUCUCAACAGGAAU